UCUUAGCAGUUCAUUUUUCUAAUGUAAAAAUUUGUUAUUGUCAAAAGAAUAACUAUCUAUACAUCAAUUUCAGAUUGGCCUGGUAGAUGUCUUAGACUCAGUGGGACUAAAACCUGAUUUUUUAAUUGGACACUCAGUUGAGAAUUAGGAUGUGCUUACGCUGAUGGGUGUUUUACAGCAGAGCAAAUGGUUCUUUCUGCAUUAAGCAGAGGAUUAGCAUCAGUGGAAACGGAUUUGCUAAGAGGUUCUAUGGCAGCAGUUGGUCUUGGUUAUGAAGAAAUCAAAAAUCUCUGUCCACCUGACAUUGAUGUUGCUUAUCACAAUAGUGUAGGCAGUACCACUAUCAGUGGUCCCGAAGAAUCUAUGAAAUCAUUCAUAGCUCAUUUAACAGUUAGUAACAUUUACUUUCGAAAUUAAAAAUUUAAUUAAGUUUAAUUUCAUUUGAAUGUAACACAAUACAUCAUUAACAUUAUUUAAAUGAAAAGAUUUUAAAAAGAAAAAAACUCUUUUCUAACUAAUGCUAAAUACAUAUUUUAGGAAAAUAAAAUUUUUGCUAAAGAGGUGGCUUGUAGUAAUAUUGCCUACCACAGCCGAUAUAUUUCUCCAGCUGGCGAAAAAUUAAAA